AUGCAGGUUCCAAACCGAAUUUAUGGAUACUCCAUGCGCGAUUACGCACCGUCGUCGCUGUACCCGCAGUACCAGGGGAGUCAGUGCGCGUCCCCGCCGAAGCCCCCCAGUGGGAAAUCUUUCACCAUCGAAGCUUUACUCGCCAAACCGGAGAACACAAGCAGCGACCGGACGAGUCCUGGGGUGAAAUAUCCGCCGGUAACUCCAGCUCUGCCUCUAACCGGACACACUUCCGUGGGUUUACCCCUAGCGCCCCCACCUUACGUUUAUUCCUCAAACGUCCUGCACUCUGCGGUCCAUGCGCAGCCCGGAUAUUCUGUCUACUGCUGCCCACCCUUCACCUACCAGGCGUCAUGUAGGGGAGCUUUUUAUGCACAAGCUUCAAUGUCCAAAGUCAACGCAGGGCUGCAGUCAUUCAAAACCAAAAGUGGGAAAUCCAAACGGAUGCGCACCAGCUUCACCAGUGAGCAGCUGUCCCGGUUGGAGAAGGAGUUCGCCCGGCAGCAGUACAUGGUUGGAUCGGAGCGGUUCCUUUUGGCCUCGGCUUUGCAGCUCACAGAAGCACAGGUCAAAGUCUGGUUCCAAAACCGACGCAUCAAGUGGCGCAAACAGAGUCUGGAGCAGCAACAAGCCAAACUGGCCAAACUGGGCCUGGCUGCUCCGCCCAAAAGUCCCGGAUCUCAAGGCCACGGGGACGAAGGAGACGAGGAUGAGUUCUCCGACUCCUCAGACGUGGACAUCGACGUGUCUGAUGACUUCACCGACCACUGCUGA